GCAGCUUGUUCCCUUCACCUGCUCUCCAGUUAAUCCCACAUCACAUAUACAGAGGCGUACAUAAAUAACCUUUGUACCAUUGUUCUUUUACCCAGAUGUAUUAAAUAAGUCAUUUAUUUUCAGAAAAAAUUCAUGUGCUGUCUGAAGACAUUCUUUUGAUCUCCAUAAAGCAGUUUUCCCACCAGAAAACGCCCUCUCUGGUUAAUUAUUCCUUCUAUUUUUAGAGCUAAUGAUUCCCUUUUGAAGGCGCUCGAGUAACCUCUGCAGCUGAAUUUAUUAAAAAAGGGGAUAUUUGAAAGUGAAAAACCAAAAACUGUCUAGCUGUGAGCAGGUUAGAAGAGCGAGCAGAGAGAGGGAAAAAGUCUCGUCUGUCAGCGGCACACAGAACAGACUUCAUUUUGUUCCUGAGUGCUGAGAGAUGAUAGCUUUGGACUCCAAAUGACGGGGAUUGACGUGAUGUGAAGCUUUUCAACAAUCCGCAAUAAUGACCUUUUCUCCGAAGCUACAAACUGUCAGGUAAUAACACGUCUCAGGUGAAAAAAUGGACAAUCUUUUGGCACGGGUAGAAAAAAUGUUACCUAGCAACUCACAGUGUCCUAUCAGUAGUCAGCGAGGAGAUACUAAGACCUGGUUCAGCCCGCUUUCUACAGGCCCCAUGAUGCCCCUGCACAAACAACAGCCUCAUUCUCUGCACCUCUGCUGACCUCAUUGUCUCUUUGUGAAGGGAAAGUCCAGAGUUGCAUUCUGUUAAAUGGCAAAUGGUGCACCAACGGCGAGCAGGACACAUCUCUCUACCUCAGGCGCAGGCCUACAGAUGAGCACGGACAUCGCUGGCUUCCCCUCAGGACUGUACACAAGGGAAACAUGGUAAAUAUUCACUACACCCUGCUGCAUCUGUCCAAUGUACACACUGACAACUCUCUCGUGUUGUCACCUUCACUUUGAACAUCACAGCUCUCUGUAACAGCUGCUGCUUUCACCUGACAAACUAGCUUCACGCUUUAUCCUGUCACAUUGACUUUGUGUUGUUAUUUCCAGAAUGCUAUGACCUGUGCUUUAUAGCUGUAUGCAUUCCAAUACAGUUUCAUACCAUGUUCAACCUGCCCUCGAUUUGAAUCCAAAAUUACAUGUUUAGCUACACUGGAGCGCUGCAGGGACACAAGAGAGAGCAGAUGGUACAGCAUUUAUUUUGAUAGAUUUUUGUACAGCAAUGGUAUAAUACCAAGUGUGCAUCUCCCAUCUAUGCAGGGCUUUAUUAUAAUUACUGUAAUACUCUCAAUAUGUUGCUUAUAGAAGCAGCUGCUCCUCUGAGAGUAAGCCCAAUAACAACACACACACUCGCACUCCAGAGGGAUUAUACUUUUCUGAGAACACAAACAGGAAAUGUUACAACCUUUGAAUUUAAAUGUGGGGAACAAGACAUGCCGAGACUUGAGAGUGAGGAGAUAUGUGGUACACGCACCUGGAUACACCUACGGCUCAUCCAGGCUGGACAGCGGGCAUGAAUACUCUGUAUACAGUGGCCCUAAUUUAAUCUGACAGCUGCACCGUUUCAGGGGAGCAGAUGGUCAGCAGCACCCAGAGUGAGCAAACUUUUAAGAUGUUUUUAAACAGGAAUAAGUUGUACAGUAAGGUCUGAUGUGCAAACUGACUAUUCUCCUCGUAGAGUCUUGAUGGAGACGCAUUAUCGGUGAUUGAAAACCCAGCGGCUGUCAGUCAUCCUUUUCCAUCAGAGAAAGCAGCAGGAGACGCAGCAAGCAGAGGAGUGCAGGGCUGGUUUAAAGGGAUUCACUCAACGUCUCACGGUGAGCUCCAUCCAUCCAGAGGGGCUUAAUCCCUAAAAAAAAAAUCACACAAGAUAUUAAACCAUGCUGUUUCAAAUGUAAAAAAUGAAGUAGUUUAAGUAACUCUCCUAAACCAGGAUUGAAAAUUAUGUUUUUAUCAGAAGGAAAAAACUGAUAACUGAAUGUUACUGGCCUUGACUAGCAUUACAAUCUGUGCAACAGGGCUGCACAAUUCAUUUAAUUUUUAUGAUUUGUUCUUCUCAUGAUUAAUGAAAUGUGACUGAUUGCGAUAAUUAAUUCAAGAGUGUUGAAAAACCCGCCGCAGAACAGCAGAAAGAGAGCGAGAGGAUCAGGUGUGUGUUAGUAAAGCAGAGGGACAGAGUGAGCACAGAUGACAAGAACUCUUCCUGAAACAUUCACAACAAAUUAUAUAUCUGAUGGUCAAACGUUCGCAAAAUGACCCGAAAUCUGUUGAUUUUUCAGGAGGUGUUAAAUCAUCAGCUGAUAUUGAUAUUAGAGGAGGAAAAGCUCUACCUAAAAAACCUGCUCUUAAGUGCUGCUCAUGUACAGAUUAAAGCCAAUUACUUCCCACCUCUAUCUUAGUCCUGUCUGUGAGUGCCUUUAAUAUGUAACAGCUGACAUUUAACAAUUGUCCUCGGCUCAUGUUUGGGAUCAGAAGGCUUUAACUCCAGGAUUAAUUGUUGCUUUAGCUCACAGGCUGCUGAGGCUGCUGGCAGCUGUGUGUGCGGUUGGACUCCUGGGAGGCUUGGCUGUAGGUGUCUGGUUUCUAGGUGAGUCAUUGUGUAGAAAAAGAAUCGCUAAAUUAGCUCAACAGUCACCUGGAACUGGAAACAAUGCAUGUGAGAAAUGACUUGUUGUUAGAGCCACUUGGCUCGCAGCAGACUGUGCGUUCAGGUUACUGCUGCUGCUGCAUUCUCGUGAACUAAACAAUAUCAGCUAUUGAAAAUAUGGAAAAUGACUAAUGAGGCUGCAACCCUGAAACGACUGGCUGAUCUGUAUGAAUGAACUGUUUAAUGGAAAGACAGUCAUGGUAACAGUUGAAAACAUAGAGCUUUUAAAAAAAUAUUUAUCCCUUAAAAAAAGGGGAAAGGAAUAUAUGAUCCCUUUUAAGGAGGUAGGACUAUUUUUUUUCUUGAUAAACAGCAGAAACGAUUCAUGGAUUACCAAAAUAUUUGUGACUAGUUAUUGGCAGCUUUAAUUCUCUGACAAUAUUUUUGCCAAUACUCAAUUUUUAAUCUUUAAAAAUGGUUCACUUUAAUUAUUUCAGCGCCCUCUAGUGGAUUAGCUUUGUAAAGGUGACUCUGUUUAUGACUAUUUUUGGCAGAAGCUUGAAGUACUCCAACCAGCCGUAACAUCCAGGAAAAUAUUAGACACACCUUUCAAUGUGCUGCACCAACACCCACUACGACUUCAGCAAUAACAGCUGUUUAAAGAACAAUUAUCACCUGUUUGACCAUGACAACAAAAUCUGGACAUGUAGAUAAAGUUCAGCUUCACAAAUCAACAUUUAUUUUCUCAUCAUAAGUAAACAGGGUUUGCUAUAACUGGGGACCAAAGUAAAGCUGUAUCACUCUGUAAGCUGCAUGCAUGUUAAACCCAUUCCCGAGUCCUCAGAGUCUUCUUAGAGCGCUUAUAUCAUAACAUUUGAUCAAACUGCACUGCUCUUCAAGUCAGGGUCAGCCAGUCCUGCACACACUGUGAUAGCCCACUUUCAUCCGUCAGUUUCACUCACUAAUUAAAGUCUGAUUAAAUUAAUCUUCAUCCACAGUGAAAUUCCUUCUGAGGCCUUCCUACUCCCAAAGUACGGUGGGACUUGGGGACACAAAGGAGACGCCGUUCUGCAAUGUGACAGAGGAUAUUUCUAUCUCUGACCCGAGGAAAGGUCUGUGUUUCCUCCCUCCUUCUGCUGUUUGUUUUGCUCCUCUGUUUUAUGAAUUAGUUAAGAGUGCAGGGCUGCACAUUUGAUACAAAUCCUCACGCUGGGUCAUGGUUCACCUCUUGAGUGAUUUCGAGUUGAACAGAAGCAAAAUUACCGUUCUGCAGCUGCUUCUUGUUGCCUUUUGUUCACUCCUGAGAUGUGCCCAUUGACUCGCAUGAAACCAUCACUCAUAAUGAUCUGUUUGUACUGCCUGCAUUAGCAUAGAUUCUUGUGUUUUUUUCCCCUAAUCAUUUCCCACUCAUAGAAGAGGCUCGUUCAUUACUGUUGACUGAGAGCUCGUCUCUGGAGCGAUUUUCAAUCAAUCAGGUUCAGUGUUUUACAGAAUCAGCCCAGAGAACUCCCUCCUGGAGAUCCAGCUGGGGAAACUUCCCACCUGGCUUCCCGUGUGUUACGAGAGGUGGAACUCCUCGCUGGGGACCCUGGUCUGCAGACAGCUGGGUUAUCUGAGGUCCUGACAGUCUCACACACCACCUCAGCCCUUAAAAAUGAUUAAACCGAAGCGCCCACUUGCUAAGUUAUCAUUUAAUCUUAGCCUGCUUUGCCAAGGUUGAAGGCUCGGCUUAUUUAUGAUCUGCUAAUACCUCAUUUGCAAUCAGUCUUUACACUUUAUGAUUCUGAAUUAUCUUAAUACUCUCUCCCAACCUUCCUCGAAUAUUUUCUCUUAGCAGACUGACCAAGCAUAAAGGAGUGAAUCUCACUGAUAUUGGCCCAAACUACACUAAUGGCUUUAUACAAAUUACCUCAGAACACAAGAGCAAUCUGGAAAAUAUGUGGCAACUCAGGUAAGGCAAUUUGUCAGAGGACAUUGUACUCAUAAUGAUGCAGAGAAAAUUGUGGCGACACACACAUUAAUUAUGCAUCAUUAGUUUCUCUAUUUAUUUUCAUUUAGGGGGAGCUGUAUCACAGGAAAGGUUAUCGCUCUGCAGUGUUUUGGUGAGCAAAUUUAAGUUAACUUUCUGUUUGACUUUGCACCCGGCACCAAGCCCUCUUUUGUUCCUUAUUUUUAAUACUGGAGAAAAAGCUGCAGACAGAGUGACUGAUGCCAAACGCUGCAGCAGUUCAAGCCCGUUUUAUGAUGAAUGGAUCUCUGUGCAGAGUGUGGGACACGAGCAAAGCUGCCCAGAAUAAUCGGAGGAGUGGAGGCCACGCUGGGCAGGUGGCCGUGGCAGGUCAGCCUGUACUACAGCAACCGUCACACCUGCGGGGGCUCCAUCAUCACUAGUCAAUGGAUAGUCACAGCCGCCCAUUGUGUGCAUAAGUAAGCAAGCUGACCUAACCAGCACUAAAGAUUCAGGGUUGCAGACUCCUCAUGAAAGGAGAAUUAUCACUCAUUAACAGCUGCAGUACAUGAGACACAUGACAGCGCUCUCUUGUCUGACCCUACCUCCUCUUUUUCUAUCUGAAAUGUCAGCUACAGGCUACCCCAGAUAUCCAGCUGGGUGGUCUACGCCGGCAUUGUCACCCGCAGCUCGGCGAAAAUGGCUCAGUACACAGGCUACGCUGUGGAAAAGAUCAUCUACAACAAGAACUACAACCACAGGAGCCACGACAAUGACAUCGCUCUGAUCAAACUGCAGACACCGCUGAAUUUCUCAGGUCAGCUCAAAAGCUUCACGGUGAGCUUUGAAUAUGAACUGAGACAGCAGCACUCCAAAAACACUAAAAAAUUCAAAACCUUGACCUGAGCUCGCUGUGAGUUUUCUUAUUCUGACGCAUUUUAGCAGACAGACUGUCAUCAGAUCUUGACAAAGGUGUUAGACUUCUUUCUUUCAAAACCAAAAGCAGCACUAACUUCUUUCUCAGCUCUCGAGAUGAAACACAAACCCUCUCUGUAAAUAUUACAUCUUAUAAAAACAAAGCCUUGGUAAACAUUUAAUGGAGGUUUUCAACAGUAUUUUAUGAGAAAAGUUUUCUACUAGGAUGUAUUUUACUGAGUUUAAGAAUUGCCAAAACAUACAAGGUUUUCAUGAACUGCAUGACAGCCAGCAGACUGAAUGUCUACGCGGCAAAAACCUCAAAUCUCACCGCGUGCCUUUGUCUUGACUCCAGUCAAAAUACCUCAUUACACUUAAAGUCAGCUACAAUGACACGACAGGCCCAAAUAUAACUCUUAUGUCAAGAUAUUUCAAGCCAAGUCAAGCCAACAAGUCCUUCAACUUUGGGUCAUAAUAACAAUCCCCUUCGCUUCGCCAGCCAUGACUUCAGAGUGCAGGGACCAUCGACGAAGUGCAACAGGCUGCAGACAGAAGAGGCAGCCGAGAUAUUCAAUACUUUCACCCUGUAUAAGUGCGGGGUCAAAACCACUUCACACAUUAAUGCAUCCAUACUGUAAAUGUUGACUUUGACACAACAUGGCUUAUUUUAAGGAGGUUAUAGAGUUAGCUGAGUUAGCAGUGGGUUGGUUGUUCUAGCCUUCAGAGCAAAACAUGACCCUUCUACUUUCAAUCUGACCUUCUCAGGGUCCCAAUCCAACAUGAAAGCCUGCUCAUUAUACAUCAAGUAUCCACCUUGAGAUGUAGCAUUCUCACAUUUUAUUUAAACAUAAACAUGAACAUUUAUUUCAUGUGGAAAAGGACAAACGUGUUUUCCUCAUGGACUGAAAAUUACAUGUUUAAAUUAAGAUUUAAAACUGGGCAUAGAGGGACUUUUGUUCUCUGCAGAUGAGAGCACUAAGAGUGUUUCUGUGUCAGACUUUUAACAUCCACUUAAGAUGAGGUGUCAAGAAAAACUAAAGGGACCUGAUUAAAAAGCACUCCUGACCCUAACCAAGGUAAACUGAAUGAAAUCCACAGCAGAGAUGGAGGAGUACAAAAUGUUCGCUCUGUGCUUUUCCUGAACAUUUUCCCUGACCUCGCUUUUAUGAGGUCAAAGAACAGUUAUAAAAGACUUAUUCAAAGGUUUGUAUGGGAUGAUUUAGCAAAAUGGACAUGGGGGCUGUUCAUACAGAGAUUUAUGAUUGAUUCAGUGAUAUGACCAUACAUAACAUACGCUUUGCAUGAAAGGUAGGAAUAUAAAUAUUAUAUGAAUUCAUGUGGACUCACUAAAAGGUAUUACUGUGCUCAGAGAAGGCAUUGUUUGAUUGUAUUUACUCCCUAAUGGUGCAGCUCUAUAAUAGUGGGUGCAGAGAGAAACUGGAAUUGCAUUAUCUCCUUUUCUAAAGGAUGGUCCACUUAUCCUGUCCUUGAAGAUAUUUUGCUCUUUUCCUCACAAUAACAGUAAUUCAGUGGUUCUUAUCAAGGCUGACUUUUGGAUGCUAUCAACUCUUUUCAGUCUGUUUGAAAUAAAAAUAUGAUAUUCUGAAACAGUCAAACAGACAAAACCGCACUGGCAUCAUAUUUGGGUUUUAUCUGGUUGUGUGGGAAAGAAAAUGUUUAUAACCAUAAAACAUUCUCGACUUAAAAUCCUUUAAAAAAUCCAAAUUCUCAUCUUCUAACCUCUCAGAAUGAUAAAUUAACACUCCUCUUUUUUCAUCUUGUAAUUAGAUACAAUUAGGCCUGUGUGCUUGCCUCAGUAUGACUCUGACCUUCCAGGAGGUACACAGUGCUGGAUUUCUGGAUGGGGAUACACACAGCCCGAGGGUGGUGAGUUACUUCUACGCUCUGCUUUGAAACAAAUUUACAUCUGCUGCAAGUCUGAUUCACGCAAGAUGAGACAUGCUCAAACUGGACCCAAAAAUUAGGUGUGUUUUCUCUCACAGUACACUCGCCGGACACCCUUAAAGAAGCACCCGUUCCCAUAAUAAGCACAAAAAGGUGUAACAGCUCCUGCAUGUACAACGGAGAGAUCACGCCUCGCAUGCUCUGCGCUGGAUACACAGCAGGAAAAGUGGAUGCCUGUCAGGUCAGGUGCAUGUUAAACAGCACCUUGCAGAAGUGGUUUAGGAGUGUUUACUCUGCUUACAUUUUCUGGUGGUAAAAUAACGGUGGCUUAGUCUGUCUUCAGUAGUGUUUGUGUUUACCUCUCCAGGGGGACAGUGGAGGUCCUUUAGUCUGCCAGGAUGAGAAUGUGUGGAGGCUGGUCGGGGUGGUCAGCUGGGGGACUGGCUGUGCAGAACCGAACCAUCCUGGAGUUUACACCAAAGUGGCCGAGUUCUUAGGCUGGAUCUACGACAUGAUUGAGGUAAACAGAGCUUUUAGAAACUCCAUGUGAGAAUAAGACAGAAAACUUGUAUAGCAAAGUAACUAUUUGGGUGAAAUAUACAAGAAAUUAGUGUUUAAUGCUUCUGCGUUUAGAGAAAAGUAAUGUUUCCUUGGUCAUACAAAACAAAGAAAAGCAGAAAGUAGUCUAACUCAGUGAAAAAAACACAUUUUGAAUUUCUGCUUCUAAGCAAAAUGAUUCCUGAUAAGUUUUCUAGAGUACCAAUAUUAAAUGUAAAGAACAUUUUUUUCUCUGAUAUCCAAAGCUGUUUAAGCUGUUAGUAGGUGUUAUAUUAAAGAUAAUUCACCACCAUUAUGCACAGAAUAGUCAUAUUACCGCUUAAUCAUUUUAUAUUUCAUCACUGCAAUUUGCAAAUAAUGCUUUCAUUACUUCCACUUGACUGUUUAAAUACGACAGAUUUUUUCCUUAACUGAAAUACAUCUUAAACACAAACAUGGCAGCAUUUCUUUCACAGAUGCAGAUUAAUCAGAGAGCCUUUAUUAAUUCCACACACAGCAAUUACGAUGAUUGUUGGAAUAUCAGCAUCAGAUAGAAUUUCGAGAGCUCACAGCGCAGUGUUGGAGCUGUUUUGUUCACUGAAUGCUCAUAAUUACUGUUUAUCUUUGCAGAAUUACUGAGGAGGAGAAACGGAGCGCCACAAGCAGACUGACCUACAAGUAUUGCUGUUGGAGACAAUUGAAAAUGACAGAUCUCAAUUUUAUUUUAAAUGUCAGUUAUAUAAUGUAAACAUAAAGACAGACUGAAGAUAUCUAAAUGAAUUUUUAUGUUAUAUUUUUCAUGUACUGAAUAUAUGAUAUGCCUCUUAAACAA